CCAUCAGCAAAGGUAUUGCUUAAGGUUGCGUCAUCGUAACUACCCACUCGAGCACUAUCACAAAAACUGGUCUUUAAAAAGGGGACGUUGUGUCGAUCAAGUAACCCGACAGAUUGGAACAAGUGACACCGAUUUGAAAUUAUCAAGAUGGCGAACACGAACGUGGAAAAUAUCACGAAAACUCGAGUCUUUUGCAUAAAUGGAUUGUAUGAUGCAAACCAACACACGUUUCUUGCGGGAUUAAACAUCUGCUUGGCCCUGACUGCGUUUCUUUGGAAUAUUGUGAUCCUCAAAGCCCUUGAGAAAGAAAGCUCUUUUCAUCCACCAUCAAAGCUGUUAUUCCGUUGUCUGGCGAGCACUGAUCUUUGCGUAGGCCUUAUCCUUGAGCCCAUUUACAUCACUUAUCUAAUGUCUUCGCGUCAUACAAACACUUGUUACUAUACUACAAGAGUGACAAGCAUUGCAAGUGGAAUUUUUUGUGGGGUAUCACUGGCGACCUUGACUGCUAUAAGCGUGGACAGGUUUCUCGCCCUAAUGCUGGGUUUGAGAUACAGGCAGACCGUGACUCUAAGACGAGCUCGUCUAUUUGUCAUCAUUCUCUGGCCGACGAGUGGUGUUACUGCAGCGAUGUUCGAAGUCGACUACCUCUUGACUGUAGGAAUUAUAUGUAUUGCAAUGUUUAUCUGUUUAAUAACCUCGGCCUUUUGCUAUACCAAGAUCUACCUGUCACUUCUCCUUCACAAAACUCAAAUAGCGCAGUUAAAUAUGCACGCAAAUUCGUGUAGAACUGACGGAGAAAAUCCUCCACUGAACUUGGCGCGGUAUAAAAAAUCAGUGUCAGCAGCAUUGUGGCUGCAAAUAACAUUAAUAGUUUGCUAUUUUCCAUUCUGCGUCGUUGCUGCCCUGUACGCCAUAACUGGAGUAAUCUCGCCUUCGCGUGAUUUCGCUUGGGAAAUGACAUUAUCUAUCAUCAUGCUCAACUCCUCUCUCAAUCCGAUUCUUUACUUUUGGAAGAUUAGAGAAGUAAGGAAAGCUGUUAAGGACACGAUUGGACAGAAAACUGUCCUAAAUGCAGCUUCGUGA